AUGUCAUCUCAGCCCGAGGGCGCCGACAAGCAGCCCCAGCCGCCAGUAAGCCCUGCGGCGGAGCAAGGGCCGCAGCCCCCGUCGGCCCCGCGGAAACCGGCGGAGUCCGACGCGGAGGAUUAUGCUCCAGACGCAGCGGCGGCAGCGGGGCCCGCACCCCCGGAGGAGCUGCCGCUGCUGGGGCGCGUGCUGUCGGCGGCCGUGUUCCUGCUGCCGUUGACGGAGUGCGCCUACAGGGUGGUGCUGCUCGCGCUGCAGCACGCGCGGGACAACGCGUGGGAGCUGACCUGGUGGGCGAGCGUGCAGCGCAACACGCUCGCCAACACGCUGGCGGAGGGCGGCGCCAGAGCUGCGCGCAGCCAAGGCGAUCUGCAAGCGGCACAGGCAGUGGCGACGCUCAGCCAGCGGCUGCUGGAGCGGCUGGAGGAGCCUCUGCAAGACUUGCUGCUGCUGGGAAGCCGCCCGCUGCUCGACCCCUCGAGCCUGCCACUGCCCCUUGUGCUGCGCGACGCAGCUUCUGGGCUGCUCACGCCGGUUGCGGUGUGCACGCUGCUGCUGCUGGCGGUCGCGGUCGCGGCAGCGGGCAGCGCGAUGCGGCAGCAGCUGGUUUCCGAGGGAUCUGGGCAGCCGCAGCAGCUGGUUGGGCACUGGAGUGAGCAGCAGCAGCAGCAGCAACAGCAGCAACAGCAGCAGCAGCAGCAGCAGCAGCAGCAGCAAAACAAGCAGCAGGCGGCCAUGCGUGUCAGAGCGAUCGUGGGCGCGGCGGCCAGCGCAGCGCUCUUGCUGCGGGUCGCGCUGGCGCCGCUCGCGUCAUUGCUGCAGGCCCACGCACGCGCCCAGGCGCCCGGCAGCGCCGCGGCCGCCGCCGCCCUCGCUGCCGCCGCGUACGCCCGCGUCUCUGCGUUGCUCACCUGGGGCGUCGCCGCUAUCUCCCUGGGCGCGGUCGCGCGCAUGCUCAUUACGGCCUCCCCGCGCGCGGCGGCCGCGGAGGCGGCCGGCGCGGCGGUGAUCGCCGCCACGCUGCACCGGGCGCUGCUGCUCGCGGAUUCGGUUCUGCUCGUGGUGUUCGAGGCGCCGGCGGCGCAGAAGCUGCGCGCGGCCGCGUGCUUCGCUGCGUACGGGCUCGCCACAGAGGUGGGCACGCCGCAGGGUGCAGCGGCGGCGGCUGCGGUGCGGUGGGGGGACCCUCUGCCCAUGACGCACGCUGAGUGGACGAUGGGCCGCUGA